UAUGUACGUAAUAUUAUGUGUAUUAUCAUUGGUAAAAAAUAAAAAGAAAACUCAAUAUUUAUGAAAUUGAGCUCCAAAUUGACGAAUUCUUUUAAAGUUGGAAAGGUUAUAAUGAGUAUUUAUAAACAAAUUUUAAAUCCGAUUACUGGGGAAAAUGGAUGGCUACUUCAAGAUGAAUAUUACGAUUAUCACCAGGACGUAGCACGUGCAGCCUUUGCUGAUAUGCUUCAUGACGACGAAAGAAACAAAAAAUAUUUUUAUGCUUUGGAUAAAACUAUUAAAAAACUCCACCAAUCUGGUAAAAAAGCAAACGUUCUUGAUAUAGGAACCGGAACUGGUCUUUUAUCUAUGAUGGCUGUAAAAUGUGGAGCAGAUAGUGUUUUCGCUUGUGAGGCUUUUAUGCCGAUGGCGAACUGCGCUGAAAAAAUUAUUCAAAGUAAUGGAAUGAAAAGUGAAAUUAAUUUGAUUAAGAAGAGAUCUACCGAAAUUAUUGUUGGCAAUACAGAGGACUCAGAUAUGCCCACAAGGUGCAAUAUUCUAAUAACUGAAAUUUUUGAUACGGAAUUAAUAGGAGAAGGCGCAAUCGGAAUAUUUAACCAUGCACAUGCGAAUUUAUUAACAGAUGAUUGUAUAGUUAUUCCAAAUUCUUCUAAAAUUUAUGCUCAAAUUGCUGAGAGUCCACUCGUUUCUUCUUUUAAAAGUCCUAAAAUUUUAGCUGAUUUAGAUGGAAAUGUAUUAUUAAAAACUCCAAAAAUAAUUGAGAAUUGCACUGGGGAAGCAUCUGUACAUGAUAUACAACUAAGUCAGCUAAAAUUUGCGGACUACAAAUUGCUAAGCAAACCUGUUGAAAUAUUUUCAUUUGAUUUCAAUUCAAAAGUUGCACUGAAAUGUGAUGAGAUUAGCAAUAAUAAAAUAGAAAUAAUAAAUAACGGAAGCUCUCAAGUAGUAUUUUUUUGGUGGGAAUUAAAAAUGGACAUUGAUGGUGAAGUAAUUUUAAGUUGCGCACCUUACUGGGCUCACCCUGAUUUUGAAGAAAACUCUAAAAACAAAAAUAAUGAGAAAAAACCUAUACAAAAUUGCAUACCGUGGCGCGACCACUGGAUUCAAGGAGUUUAUUAUUUACCGAAAAAUUUGAUUUUACAUAAAAAUAAACCAUUUUAUUUAAGUGCUUAUCAUGACGAAUAUUCAUUUUGGUUUGAUAUUAAUAAUGAGUGUACAGACAAUGUUUUAGAUCGCCCAAAUUGCACAUGCGGCUUUCAUUUAGCAUAUUCUCGAAACAGAAUAGGACAAAUUAACAACAGUUUGAGAAACAAGAAAUAUUUAUCUAUUUUGGAAAACGAAAUCGAUAAAAAUUCCGUAGUUGUUUCAUUAAGUGAGGGAUCACUUCUAGGACUAUCGACUAUAGCAUUAGGAGCGAAAAAACUUUUUUGUUUUGAGCCCAACAAUAUAUCACGAAAAGCUAUUGAACUGUAUGUUGAUUACAACAACUUAAAAAAUGUAAAAAUGAUAAACGAUAUUGAUGAAAUAGAAGAUAUCGAACAAGUAACACAUGUAGUCGCUGAACCCAGUUUUACUACUUCAAUAUUACCUUGGGACAAUUUUUAUUUCGGAAUCAUUUUAAUAAAGCUCAAAGAAAGACUAAAACAGGAAGUCAAAUACAUACCAAUUAAAGCUAAUAUUGUGGUUAUACCUGUUGAGUUAUUAGACUUACAUAAGAUACGUGCGCCGGUUAAAAUUUGUGAAGGAUUUAACAUGAAUAUUUUUGAUUCCUUAAUAAAUGAUUCUAUGAAAAAAGCGGAUGCAAAUAUUGAAGCUCAGCCAAUGUGGGAAUAUCCAUGCAAAGCUUUAUCGGAACAGGAAACAAUUUUAUCAAUUGAUUUCGGUAACUUCAUGAAGCCUCUUCAAAACCACGGAUCAAUACCUAUUAAAUAUUCAGGUGAAUGCAAUGGUAUUGUGUGUUGGAUUGAUUGGUAUAUCGAUAAUAAAACAAACAAAGGUAUAAUUUCAACAGGACCAACUAGCCCCAUUCAAGUUGGAGAAUAUAUUUCUUGGGAUAUGUUUACAAAACAAGGAGUGCAUUUUACCCCUCAAACAAAAAUUGUAAAUAUGGAAAAUGUUGUCGAGUGGCAGGUGAAUUUUCAGCCUCUUCAAGGCGAAUUUUUAAUUACCUUUAAUGUAAAAUAA